AUGUCGUACCUGCUGCCGCAUCUGCACAGCGGGUGGGCCGUGGAUCAGGCGAUUCUGUCGGAGGAGGACCGCGUCGUCGUCAUCCGCUUCGGCCACGACUGGGAUGACGUGUGCAUGCAGGUGAGUGACGUGAGCAUGCAAGUGCGAUGGCGUGUACAUGCAGUUGGGACGGCGUGUGUAGAGGGGCGGAAAGAGCAUAUGGGAUGGGGGCAGAGCGUGCAGCAAGUAUCAUGUGGGAGACCAGAGGUGGGGAAAAUUCUCCAGGUGCUCACCAUCCCUGUCUUCCCAUUUCUCCUCCCACCGUCCACCGUCCAUGUCCCUCCUUUUCCCAUAUCCUUCAAAACCCCCCCUCCCUUUCACCUUCAUUUCUCCGCUCGCUCCCAUUUUCCUCCCCCUCAUUCAUCCCCCUCCGUCCUCACGCCGUUCAACCUCCCCUCUCUCCACCUCGCUCGUCCUUCCCCCAUUUCUCCCCUUUUUUUCUCUCCGCCGUUUUCCCAUAAGAGGUGCUGGAUUCUAACACCAUGUAAAAGCUCUAUCACCUGUUCUCUGCACUGCCAUAUGGAUGAAGUGUUGGCAGGAGUGGCAGAGACCAUAAAGAACUUGGCAGUGGUAUACCUGGUGGAUAUUUCCGAAAUGGACGAGGUGCUGGCAGGAGUGGCAGAGACCAUCAAGAACUUUGCAGUGGUUUAUCUGGUCGACAUCUCCGAAAUGGACGAGGUGCUGGCAGGAGUGGCAGAGACCAUAAAGAACUUUGCAGUGGUUUAUCUGGUCGACAUCUCCGAAGUCCCCGACUUCAACACCAUGUACGAGCUCUACGACCCAUGCACCCAUUGCCUCCUCCUCUCCCUCUGCUCCACCCUUCACCCCCGCUUUCCCAUCAGAUGGACGAGGUGCUGGCAGGAGUGGCAGAGACCAUAA